CGCUCCGCUCCCGCCAUGGCGCGGUUCGAGCCGGCGGCGCUGCCCGAGCUGCUCCCGGUCUUCUACCGGCGGCUCUUCCCGCACGGCCCCUACGGCCGCUGGCUCAGCUACGGCGGCGUGGUGAAGAACUACUUCCAGCUGCGGGAAUUCUCCUUCACGCUGCGGGACGAUGUGUACCUGCGCUUCCAGUCCUUCGGCAGCCCGCAGGAGCUGGAGCGGGAGCUGCAAAAGAUCAACCCCUACAAGAUCGACAUCGGGGCCGUCUACUCCCACCGGCCCAACCAGCACAACACGGUGCACCUGGGAGCCUUCCAGCCGCAGGAGAAGGAGCUGGUCUUUGACAUCGACAUGACGGAUUACGACGACGUCCGGACGUGCUGCAGCUCGGCCGAUAUCUGCUCCAAGUGCUGGACGCUGAUGACCAUCGCCGUCCGCAUCAUCGACCGCGCGCUCGUGGAGGACCUGGGCGUGCGGCACCGCCUGUGGGUGUACUCUGGCAGGAGGGGUGUGCACUGCUGGGUGUGCGACGACGCCGUCAGGAAAUGGUCCCCGGCGCUGCGGGCGGCGGCCGUGGAGUACCUGAGCCUGGUGAAGGGUGGCGCAGACACGGUGAAGAAGGUGACGCUGUCCCAGCCCGUGCACCCGUUCAUCAGGCGCUCGGUGGCCGUGGUGGAGAAAUACUUUGAGGAGUUCGCGCUGCUGGGCCAGGACGUGCUGGGCAGCCCCGAGAAAUGGGCCAAGGUGCUGGCCCUGCUCCCCGAGGAGCUGCGGGAGCCGCUGCAGGCCGAGUUCCCGCGGAAGAAGGACUCGGUGCAGCGCUGGGAGCUGCUGCGGGCCCGCGCCGAGCGCGAGCGGGAGCGCGGCCGGGCGGGCUGGCCCGAGUGGGAGGUGAUGCUGCAGCUCUGCUUCCCCCGCCUCGACGUCAACGUCAGCAAAGGGCUCGGCCACCUGCUCAAGAGCCCCUUCAGCGUCCACCCCAAAACAGGGCGCAUUUCGGUGCCGCUGGACCUGCAGAGGCUGGACCAGUUUGACCCCUUUGCCGUCCCCACCAUCAGUUCCCUGUGCCAGGAGCUGGACGCGGCCGGCAGCGAUGGCGAGCAGGAGGACGGCGGCGAGACGGAGCCCAAACGGCGCACGAGGGACUACAGGAAGACGAGCCUGGCCCCGUACGUGCGGCUCUUCGAGCGCUUCGUGGAGGGGCUGGAGAGCGCCCGCCGGGGAGAGCGGAUCCGCCGCAGCGAUCUUCAAGGAGAUUUCUGAGGCCUUGACACUGCUAGUGUCUCACGUGUUGUCACUGUCACCUCCUCUGGCUGUGGGGGGUCCCUAACCCUAACCCUAACCCUGUCCCUGCCCUGAUUUUGUACCUUUUGUACCGUUUUCUACACAAACACCAUUAAAUGGUUCUGGUCACCCGUG